AUGUCUGUGCCGUAUACUGUGAUUGCCAAAUACCCGUACACCCCAUCGGCUGAGAACGCCUCUGAUGACCUCGCGUUCAAUGCCGGCCAGCUCAUAACCGUCACCGAGGAGGUCGACGCUGACUGGCUGUUUGGGACCACCAAGACAGGUGGCGAGCUGGUGUCCGGGUACUUCCCCAGGAAUUUUGUGGAGAGGCAGGCCGAGGACGAGCCAGAGUUGGCGGAGAGGGCGGAGAUCCCGCCACAUGCUCCUGAUGAAACACAAACUCCAGCGGAACCGAAGGUGGAACCGCCCGUCGCACAGCCUUCCGUGUCCGAUCCAGUGUCGAAUUCUGCGCCCGAUCCUGUGCCCCAAUCGGUUGUCCAAUCCAUUCCUGAUCCGUCUUCGCUCAAAAGAGAGUCAACAGAGCCAAUUCAGUCGACCAUUGAGCACGGCACGUCCGACUUCAAGCAUAAGCUGCAGAGCUUCAACGUCAGCUCUGCUCCUCCGAUGCCGGGCCAGGUCAUUGCCGAUCCCAAUUUUGCAAAAAAGCCCUUUGUCGCCGCCAGUCCCCACUCCACGUACGUUUCUCCCGUUGAGAGACGCGAGAGCAGGAGCGACGAGCGGCGUGUUUCGUCGGGCUCGGCCACCCUGCCUCUUCCACCGCUGCCAGCGCAAUCUACCGCCGACGAGCCUACAAGCGCAGAGGAAGACGCUCCGCGCUUGACAUUAAAGGAACGGCUACGGCUGCUGGAGGAGAGACAGCGAGAGGAACAGGCUGCUGCAGAAGCGUUGAUGAAGCGUAGAGAGGAGAAGAAGAAGAAGAAGGAGAUGCUAAAGGAGGACCCGGCUGAGGAAAACGAGGAGACGGAGGAGGAAGAGCACAAAGAGGACACGGAGAAGGAGACGGCGACAGAAGACGAGGAAGACGAGGAGGACGAGGAGGAGGCGAAACGACGCCAGCUUCGUGAGAGAAUGGCCAAGCUUUCUGGCGGAAUGGGCAUGAUUGGAAUGAUGGGAUUCGGUGCUCCUAUGCCCACAAAAGAGAAGAAAGUCAAGGAAUCCAAGAGGACCGACGACGAGGCUGCUGCUCCUGUUCCGGGCCCGGUCCCUGUUCUGCCUAUUAAGCCGGAACCACAAGACCCUGCGACUGCAGCUCCAGAAAGCGCUGGCGAAGAGUCCGAGGAGUCCAACGACCAUGAGUCUGUCGACCUUACCAAACAGCCAGACGUCGGCGACGAGGAGGAUCUGCCAACCGAGCUCGAGGAACCGAAACAGCUCCCAUCUGCGGCCAACCCAGCACGGUCGUCUCCACCGCCAAUUCCCACCUCGCCAGCCGUGCCCCUGCCGCCUACAGUCACCGCGCUGCCGGCCUCGUUCUACGCGGCAGAACCUGCACAGCCACCACCGCCACAGGACACAGAGUCGGAGUCAGACGACGAGUACAAGUCGGCCUCGUCAGCGUCUCCAACGCUUCCUGCCUCGCGGCCCGUGGCUCCUGUUCCGCCAAUACCUGCGCCUGUUCCAACGUCACCGCCAGCACCGGCCGUUGCAGAGGUUCCUAGAGCUCCAACCUCGACAGCUCCCCCUCUUCCGCCAGUGCCACCUGUGCCGCCUGUUCCACCACCAAUGUCGGACUCCAGCGAAGAGGUUGUGACCGGUUACGAAGCUGACGACGAUACAGACAUUGCACAGGCCGAAAAGCCGGUGGACUCGCCAGUGAGGCCAGCCCACGCCGUUGCUCCUCCUCCUCCUAUCACCAAGGCUCCAACCGCGCCUCUGCCGCCAAAAACGUCCCCUGCUGUUCCUGCUGCUCGUCCACCACCGCCAAUUCCUACAUCACCACUAACACAGACAGGUACUCGUGCAGUUAGUUCGUCAUCCGUCCAGUCAAAGGAGCGCAGAGUGUCUGGUAGCAAGACAACCACGUCUCAUGCACCGCCACCUCCACCACCAGUCGCCGCUCCUGUGCAAACAGACAACACCGGUUCUACCAUGCACUCCGGCUUCCGGUCGAGUCUGGAAAUUAGCGACUAUGGGUCGUCGUCCAAGUGGUGGCUGACUAAGAGUCUUCCGGCAGAACUGUCUGGCAAAGAUGUAUACUACGAGGUUGACAGUCAUGAAAUAAAGAAGAGAAACGGCAAAACGGUCGUCUACUUGGACUACUACAUUGUCAACCAGGACUAUUCGACAAAAAUAUGGGAGCUGUCGUACGACGCUGCAAACCCAGACAAAUUGGCAACCUUUGUCGAGACGGUGCGAGAAAAACCGGCAACCAACCCUACUUACCUUCUUGAAGCAUCAAGAAAGUACGGUGCAGUGGCAUUCCAGCUCUCAUCGUCGGCCGUUGGCAGUUCCAAAAUUCAAGAAGAUCUGGUCUCAUGGGUGUUCAAACAACUGCCGCGCGACGUGAUGCCUGCUGUCGGAUCCAAAACAUUCGGUGCCACUAUCUACAGAAACACAAACAACGUCGAGAUCAACCAGCUUGACGAGAUCCGUCCCGGCGACGUGCUUGUUGUUCUGAAAGGACGGUUCGAGGGUCAUUCUUCGGGUCCGUUCCACAAGAGCAAGACUGCCGAGCUGGGAUUCAGUGGCAAGCCAUACACAGCAAUUCUGGCCGGCUUCGACCCGUCCAAGGGCAAGAUCAAGGUGAUUGAGCAAACUGCUAAGGGGGUGCAGUCAGGCGCGUACAAAUUGGGAGACUUCAAGUCUGGCAAGAUAAGAAUCUUCAGGAUCGUGGGUAGAAAUUAUUUUGGAUGGUAA